AUGAAGGUCGAGGAUGGAAUCGUCAAGCUGCUCAUUCGCCCGGAUGGAAUGAUGAUGCAUAUGGCAUUUGUAUCAUUGGUGAUUUCACAAUAGCACCUCCAAAUGAAAAAGCAUUAAAUACGGUACAAUCAUGGAUUAAAUGUGGUAUUGCACGAGGUCAUGUCAAAGAAGAUCAUUAUAUUAUUACUCAUCGACAAUCACAACGACCAGGUUAUACAGAAUGUCCUGGUGAUGGCGCAUUUAAUGUUGUAAAUAAAUGGUCACGAUUUUGUUCAUUUCAAAAUUCUGGAGCAAAUUUAACUGCAAAUCAAACACAAAUAUCUCUUGCUCUUAAUUUUUGUAAAAAAGAACUUGAAAUAUCCUCAUCUGCUUCAACACAUCUAUUUAUCCCAAUUAUUUUAUUUCAACUUUUAUUCAUCUAUUUUUUAUAA